GCAGGGCAUAUUUUUGUUCUCCCUCCUCCCGAGAGCUUGCUGCCAGUCUUCAUGUUGCUAUUGAUCCCUGCCUUCGAAUUGUAAAAUUAGGGUUUUUUUAUUUGACAAGUACCCAUUCUUGAUUUGCAGAAGAUUGAAGUAGAAAUUAGAAAAGAGCGCAAGGUAGAGAGAGAGAUAGGGAGGGAGGGAGGAAGAAGAAUGGGAAGCACUAAGCUGAAGAUCGCAAUCAUCCAUCCUGACCUCGGCAUAGGUGGAGCUGAAAGAUUAAUUGUUGAUGCAGCAGUUGAACUUGCAUCGAAUGGGCAUGAUGUUCAUGUUUUCACUGCACAUCAUGACAAAAGUCGGUGUUUUGAAGAGACACUUAGUGGUAAACAUUUCAAUUUGCUCAUUUUCUUGCAGACCUUUUCCGUCACAGUAUAUGGGAGUUUCCUACCUCGGCAUUUGUUCUAUCGGUUCCAUGCUAUUUGUGCAUACAUUAGAUGUAUCUUCGUUGCUUUUUGUGUGUUGCUUAUGUGGCCAUCAUUUGAUGUUAUACUGGCAGACCAGGUAUCUGCAGUCAUUCCCGUUAUAAGACUGAAACGAUCAUCUAAGAUUGUAUUCUAUUGCCACUUUCCAGACUCAUUGCUGGCACAACACACAACAUUGCUCAGAAGAAUUUAUCGGAAACCAAUCGACAUGCUUGAAGAAGCAACUACUGGGAUGGCUGAUUUGAUUCUAGUCAACAGCAAGUUCACUGCCUCUACUUUUGCCAACACUUUCAACUCUCUCCAUGCAAAAGGGAUCCGCCCAUCUGUUCUUUACCCAGCUGUUGAUGUGGAGCAGUUUGAGGGGCCCUGUGUUUAUGGGUUAAAUUUUCUAUCUGUGAAUCGCUUCGAGAGGAAAAAGAACAUCGGUUUAGCAAUAUCGGCAUUUUCUAGGUUGAAAGCUUCUGAAGGGCAUCAUCUUCCUGGCCAUAACUUAGCUCAGUCAACCUUGACUAUUGUUGGAGGCUUUGAUAAGCGUCUCAAGGAAAAUGUUGAGUAUCUAAAAGAGUUGGAGAGCUUGGCUUUACAGGAAGGUGUGGCCAAUCAAGUUAAAUUCAUCACAUCAUGUUCAACUUCUGAAAGAAAUGCAUUACUUUCUCAGUGUCUCUGCGUUCUAUAUACCCCAAAGGAUGAACAUUUCGGCAUUGUUCCACUAGAAGCCAUGGCUGCACAAAAGCCUGUAAUUGCAUGUAACAGUGGGGGCCCUGUUGAAACCAUCAAACAUGGAGUCACGGGGUUCUUAUGUGAACCCACUCCUAAGCAGUUCUCAUCUGCCAUGGCACUGCUCAUCAGUGACACCCAAAUGGCUGAAAUCAUGGGGAUGCAAGCGCGCAUUCACGUCAAUGAGACAUUCUCGAGGACAAUAUUUGGCAGAAGUUUGAAUGGAUUUGUCUUAGAGGUACAUGGGAAAUUGUGAGUGCUUUCUUUCUUUUCAUCAAUUCUUAUAUCGUCUCGGGUUCCCCCUUUCUUAUUUUGUUGGCCUUGCUGGAGCAUGUUAUCUUAUGCACCACAUGCAAAAACGGGAAAUAUGGUUUGGAUUAAUUAUUUAUACUAGGGUGAGAGGAGAGAGAGAAAAUAAACCAUAGUUAUCAGGAC